CCGUAUUUUCGUGGACGGAUAUGUGUCUCGGUCUCGGUCUCCUAAGUAUUCGGUUUCUUCAGCUGAAGAUUUUUUGCCUUGCUCUGCCUACGUAUAAAACAAAAAUCAGAUUAAGCUUUUUCAUCUGCCAAAACAAUCCGGCAGCACUUUACGACUUCUUCUGACAUGACUUUGACUACGUCUACGACACUCAUCAGAUUCAGAUCACAGCCAGGAAUUAUCUUAAAUAUCAUGACUUUAGUUGUUGAUCUUGAUGUUGGUGGCGGCCCCGGGUGGGCCUCCACCUCGAAAGCCAAAACUGCGUGCCCCACCCGUCCGUAAAAGUUAUACCACUAGCCGCUUAACAAUAAUUCUCUGAGCAAACGGUAUUUGUAUUUCAAGAGGCAACUACCUCACAUACCGGUCAUUAUCUUCACGAAUACGACCACGACAAGUUGUGCCUCAAAUAAAUGGUUAAAGUUGAUUUCAACGUAACGACUUCCAACAGGAUGGUGGAAAACGAAAAAUCCGGGAAGAUCAGCCAGAACUACGACUACACGCACACGACGAGGAGGUCCACCCGCCUGAGCACCGACAGCGCCAAUGAGGACAGCAAGAACCUUAUCCUGUGCAAAAGUAUCGUACUCGUACAAAUGCAAGUCUUGCAUUACAAAUCUUGUUUCCAAGGCAAAUCUGCACUACAAAUUUUAUGUCUCAUGCUGAGGAAAUUUGUAAUGCAUUCAUACGAGUGCGAUACUUUUGGUUUUGGAGUUCAUAAACCUCCUCGGCAGCGAGCUCUCCGCCCGGCUGGUCUAUCAUGUGCGAAAACGUCCCCACAUAAGAGUUGUUGUCAUGCAGAUUCGCAACACCAGGAACUACACUUGUAUUGUGCAUCCCCUGCAUGAGAGGCAUUUAUUUUCAUUCGUGUUGAAAAAAUAUUUGUAGUGCUGUAAACAGUUGAACAAGUGGCCUUCUGAAGAUGCGACUGUCCUACUUGGCAGCCUGUAUGUUCCCAACUUGACUCUGGGAAGUAGAUGCGGACGUUUUUACCAACGAUACGGUCCAGAAGAUCUUCAUCGGAUUUUUCUCUGCCGUCCCCGUUUUGUACAUGUUUACGCUGCCCUGGGUCGGGUUGCACACGCUGUAUGCCAAGGCGCCCCCCCAGUACAAUCGGAGCAAUGAGUGGUUUGACGGCGUGGAGAUUGAUGCCGGCGCGCCCGGUAUCACGCAUGUGGAGUUUGUGCCUGGCGUGACGAGCGCGGCGCAGUUGCCAACGGCGCACGGCCCCUCGACGCUGGUCUUGCCGGAACAACUGCGGGUGGAAGACUGGUAUGCAAUGCAAAAGUAUCGUACUGCUCGUAUAAAAAAUGCAUUACAAACUCCCCCAGCAUUACAAAUCCAAUUUGUAAUGCUGAUUUACCUUGAGAAACAGGUUUGUAAUGCGUAAAUGCAAUCACUACGAGUACGAUACUUUUGCACAGGAUAACUGGACGAAUUUGCAGAUGCUGACGUUGUCGGAGAUGAUUGCGGACGCACCGGCCACCGGGCUCAUGUCCCUGCUUUUCUUCUUCCCGUGUCUCUUCCUGUGGUUCGAUUUUCUCGCGGUUUCGGCAAGGGUGCGAAGAUAUCGAACGCAAAUCAAUAUGUAAUGUCUGGGUCUGAAAUUGAAAGUAGUAAACUUGUGAUGCGCUGGGCGGUUGCGGUUCUUAGACAGGUACGACGAGGACGUGCCUCAAUUCACAUACAAGGAAGCGUGACAACUUUUUGUGUCCUCGCUAGGUGCUGUUUAUCUUGCCGAUAAUUCUGAAUGGUACUUAAAUUGCGUUUGUGCAUGACAGAAAGCUGUCCUGCGGCGUGACGUGCAUAAGAGACAUUUGAGACUUCUUGUGUCAGCUGAGCAUGACAUUCUCCCAGACCCCGACAUCAUCAUGUUUGCAAUGCAUAGGAGCGGCAAGAUGGAGCACAUUACAUACACGAAAGUGUAUCGCUUGCUGCUUUUCUCGCUGGUGCUGAUUUUCCAGAUCUUGUAUCAAAAGGAAAAAUCCCCCCUCCCCAUAUCGCAAACGAAAUUUGUGAUGCUGGAUUUGAGUACACAUAUCAGAUUUGUCUUGCUGAAGAGGACUGCAGGCCCACAUCAAGCCUGAGUAGAGAGGUUUUUGCCUAGGCGCUUAGCAUGAGAAACGUCUGCGCUGUAGGCCAAACAGCAUCACAAACCGCCUGCAUAAAUGCGGCGGAGCCUGUGGAAUUGCCUUCCUGCAAGACAGAGAUCAUUUGUGGUCGCAAGUCAGCAUUGCAAAUUUUCUGAAACGUACCUUUUCGAUAUGGGGAGGGGGGAUUUUUCCCCGGGAUAUCUUGUUCGGUUUGUUUCUCGCGCACCCGGUUGGCAUAGACAUAUGCUCUGCAAAAGUAUCGUACUCGUAUAAUGAAUUGCACUCAUGCAUGACAAAUACCUGUCCCAACCUGAAUCAGCAUGAUGAAUUCCAACUUAUUUGUUCUUGGUAAAUAAAUUUGUGAUGCAAUUUAUACCUAGAUACUUUUGCAAUGCAUAAGAGAAGGCCUUCGACAUGGUGCACUACUGCGUCGUGAUGGGCUUCUGCUUCUUCAGCAGCUUCUAUUUUGUGUGCCGACUUUACGUAUCAAAUGUAAAAAUGUCUGGGUCUGGAAGAUUCUGACACUUGUCAUGCACGUUCUGCAUGAGCCAUGAUGUCUGUGAUGCAUACCCUAGCAAUGCAGAUUUUUUGAGGGCUUCUUGAUGCGUAUUCCGCAUGACAAAUGCCUUCUCAGCGUAGCAAAAAUUGUAUUUUCUUUGGUACUCAUGCAAUACAGAUUUUUUUGGAAUCCAAAUGCAGCAAUUCUUCCAGACCCAGACAUUUUUACAUUUGAUAUUACGGAGAGUGGAAUUGGGCGGUGGCAAUUUUUGCGAUGUUCGGCUUCUUCGCCUUUGCGGUACUGGGCUACAUAUCCUGUGUGCAAAAGUAUCGCUACUCGUAUUGCAAUCAUGCAUUACAAAUCCUCUCUUUAAGGUAAAUACACAUUACAAAUUUCAUUUCUCAUGCUGAGGAAAUUUGUAAUGCAUUUAUAUAUACGAGUGCGAUACUUUUGCAGUGCAUACUACAGCCUGUUCAGCAAAACAAAAAUUAAGUACUGGUUUUGGGUUGCGGAAUCCCUUUUGCAUUGCAAAAGCAUCGUACUAGUAUAAAUUGCAUAACAAAUUUUGGCAAGAAGAAAAAUGGAAUUUGUAAUGCUGUUUUACCUUAGGAAGGAGAUUUGUCAUGCAUACUUGCAAUUAGUACGAGUGCGAUACUUUUGCACAGGAUAUCCCUGGGACUCACCGCCAUGAUUUGGAUCGCACCCAUGUAUUUUUUGGCCGGACAGUGUACGGACCGGAGCGGCAAGGAGUUUUGCAUGUUUCGGUGUUGCGCCUGUUGUAUCAAAUGUGAAAAUGUCUGGGUCUGGAAGAUUUCUAGAUUUGUCAUGCAUAUUUUCCAUGACCCAUCAUGUCUGUGAUGCAUGCCGUAGCAUCACAGAUUUUUAAAGCGCUUUGUGAUGCCUCUACAGCAUGAGAAAUGACCUCUCCGCGUAGCACAAACUGGAGUCCUCUUGCUGGUCAUGCAAUACAAAUUUUUUCAGAAUCCAGAGACAGCAGCACAAGUUUAGAAUGUUCCAGACCCAGACAUUUUUACAUUUGAUAUGUUGCUGUCCCCGGGCGCGGGAAAGAGUGGAGUUUGCACGGUCGCAGUACUACAAUGUCUACGGCGCAGCUAGUACAAAGGUCGUGGAUGAAAACACCAAUUCUGAUCAAGACGAGGAUGUGAUGCUGGAGGGCGAAGAUGGAGCAAGCGAGGGGGACGAUAUUUUUUCGGUGUCGGACAAAAUUUGAGGCGCUUUUUUUCCAGAAGAUACGCAUGGCAAUAGUAGUACCACUCUGAAAGUCUACUUUCCACUUAGUACAUUUACUAUACUCAUUUAUUACAUUUUCUUGAUGCUUCUCUGAAAGAAGUAAGUUAGCUUGUUGUACUAGUGAUUACGGAUCAUUUACAAAGCAAGAACUACCAGGAGCGGUUUGUUGAUGCCCACUGCCGUGUAAGUAAGUAGCU